AGAAGGAGAGAGUGAAGAGACAGCAUCAAGCUUUUAUUUUACGUCAUUUCUGGUGGAAAAUCAGACAAGAGUCGUCUGUAAUAGGAAUUGCUUUUGAGGGGGGGGUGCUUUAUUUUUUUAGUGUGUAAUUUUUCUUUGCCUACUCCUGCUGGAAAGAAAGCACAUGUGUGUAAAUGUAUUUGUAAAUACCUCACUUUAUUUUUGCUGCAUCUGCUACUAAGACGAUUCUUGGGCCAUGGUGAAAGAAAAAGUGGCUCAUCCGCAAGAGCCUCAUCACUCCACUGAGAAGCCAGUCAUCCACUGCCAUAAAUGCGGGGAGCCAUGUAAAGGUGAAGUGCUUCGAGUCCAAGCCAAACAUUUUCACAUCAAAUGUUUUACAUGCAAAGUAUGCGGCUGUGAUUUGGCUCAAGGUGGCUUUUUCAUUAAGAAUGGAGAAUACCUCUGUACAGUGGAUUACCAGCGGAUGUACGGGACCCGGUGCAAUGGCUGUGGGGAAUUUGUGGAGGGAGAAGUUGUGACUGCCCUGGGGAAAACCUAUCAUCCCAACUGCUUUGCCUGCACUGUGUGCAAACGUCCUUUCCCUCCAGGGGACCGGGUUACCUUUAAUGGAAGAGACUGUCUCUGUCAAAUGUGUGCUCAGCCAAUGUCAUCUGGUCCAAAAGAACUCUCCAAUUCCAGCAAUUGUGCAGGCUGUGGAAGAGAUAUAAAAAAUGGACAAGCAUUGCUAGCCUUGGAUAAACAAUGGCAUUUGGGAUGCUUCAAAUGUAAGGCCUGUGCAAAAGUGCUGACUGGAGAAUACAUCAGCAAAGAUGGUUCACCUUACUGUGAAAAGGACUAUCAGGUUCUCUUUGGUGUCAAAUGUGAAGCAUGUCGCCAGUUCAUUACUGGGAAAGUUCUAGAGGCAGGGGAUAAGCAUUACCAUCCGAGCUGUGCACGAUGCAGCAGAUGCAACCAGAUGUUCACAGAAGGAGAAGAAAUGUACCUGCAAGGUUCCACAGUUUGGCAUCCCGACUGUAAGCAGUCCACUAAGGGAGAAGAAAAGCUGCGGCCUACAAGAACAUCGUCAGAAAGCAUUUGUUCUAGACCUGGCUCCAGUAUACCUGGCUCACCAGGGCACUCAAUCUAUGCAAAAGUAGACAAUGAGAUCCUUGAUUAUAAGGAUCUAGCAGCCAUUCCCAAAGUCAAGGCCAUUUAUGACAUAGAGCGUCCAGACCUAAUUACUUAUGAGCCUUUCUACACUUCCGCCUAUGAGGAGAGACAGGAGAGGCAGAGUCUUGGAGAGACUCAGAGUUCCAGAUAUGGAAGUUCUCCUGUGCACGAUGAAAGUUCUCCAAGGACACUCUCUCCAACCCCAUCUGCAGAGGGUUAUCAAGAUCUUCGGGAUCGGAUGAUCCAACGGUCCACCAGCCAGGGUUCCAUUGGUUCCCCUGUGUACAGCCGUCAUAGCUACACUCCCACAAUGUCACGCUCACCGCAGCAUUUUCACAGACCUGAUGGUGCCUCAUUCUACAUAGGCAAUGAGCCAUCCAGCGGUCGGAACUCCCCUGCCCCUUAUCGGCCAGACAGCCGCCCUCUAACACCAACUUACGCUCAGGCCCCUAAACAUUUCCAUGUUCCAGAUCAAGGCAUCAAUAUUUAUAGAAAACCACCUAUCUACAAACAACAUGAUGCAGCUGCUUUGGCAGCCCAGAGCAAGUCCUCCGAUGAUAUCAUCAAGUCUUCCACGUUCCCAGCAGCCCACGCUCCAGCACCCAACGAGAUUCCAAAGAUUGAGACAGAAUACUGGCCAGGUCCUCCCUCACUCGCGGCUGUAGGUUCUGACAUGAGACGCAGGUCAACUGGCAGAGAUGAAGAUCUUGAGGAACUUCAGAGGCGUCGGCAACUACAGGAGGAACAACUAAUGAAGCUCAACUCAGGUCUGGGGCAAUUGAUAUUAAAAGAAGAGAUGGAAAAAGAGAGGUUAUCACUUUCUACUGGUCGUUAUGAAUCUCCAGUUAAUUCAGCCUCACAUGCCACUGCCUCUAAAACCUCUUCUCUCCCUGGCUAUGGCAGAAAUGGACUUCAUCGGCCAAUGUCUACAGACUUUGGUCAGUAUAACAGUUAUGGAGAUGUGAGCAGUGCUGCUCGAGAUUUUCAGGUACAGUACGGAUUUUCUUCCAUCAAGUAACAACAGAGAUUUAAACAAUUCCAUCAAAAAAACCAAACAAAAAAUCAUACACUAUGUUACUCAUCUGAAUUUCUGCUACAGGGAAGAGUUUAUUGAUACAUUUAACUGCAUGUUUAACUACUAAUCAAUGGUGUAACUUAAGCCUAUAUUUCUUUGGUAAAGGUACAGCCAAUACAAUGCCGUGCGCAAGUCAGUUUUAUAAACUUUCCUAAGACUGGCAUAGAAAAAUCCUGCAGCAGUUCUGUUAGUAUACAAUUGUGGAAUUUCUCUCUUUUUCUCUGGUUCCAACCUAGGGGAGAUACCAGACAUAUUCUUUUCAUUUUGAAAAUGCAUACCCCUUUUAUUUUCCACAUAUGAUCCUUUGACCUUCCCCGUUUUGUAUGUGUUUGCUAGCCAGUUUGCUAAAGAGCCACUACUCACAAUUCUGGUCAUUGCAUAAUGUCUUAUCGGUCCCAUCCAGUAGUCAUAUGGCAGCAGCAUCAGUUAUAAUAUAGGGGAAUAAUUCCAACUACAAACAAUAAAACGGUAGUGGGAGUGAGAGAUAUUGAAAAGAGAGGUGAUCCAAUCAAGAGAUGUCUGUUCCCAUCAGUUCUAAUUCUAAAUUCUAAAUCUUACAAACAAGUUCAUCACAGUAUGAUAUGAACAUUUCUAUAUAAAACGAUAAUCAGUGGACAAUUAUAAUAACUCAGGAAAGAAUUUACGGUCCCCAGUUGGAGUGGUGGAAAUUUACCAUUUUAUUCUUCAUUUGAGCGGAGUCAAGUGUCUUAUCAUUAGUAAAAUACUAUGGAGCUACACAAUAAAUAUUUACAGCCACCUUCAGCAAAAAUAUGUUAUAAAAAAGGAUAAAAAUGUAUCUCAGACAUAUUUAAUAGAACUGAAAUGGCAGUCCAGUUCUGAUGGUUAAUAUUGCCCAUACUUCCGAGUACAUGCUUAUGAGCCAUAAAAUACAAGUUACAGGAGAUGGUUGUUGACCAUGCCUUGCCUGUAAACUUCCCUGAGAAAUGUAGCUGGCUAUACUUGGAAACAGGCUGGUGGACUACAUGAUUAUUUUGUCUGAUACUGCAGGGCUAUUCUUAGGAUGAGAAAAGGCCUCACAGCUUGCAAGUAAAUUUUACUGGUAUUGACUUGGUAGACCCCAAGAAAAACUUAUUUACCCCAAGGGAACAAUCUGAUGAUUUGAGGACAUGUCAGAGCCAUUUCAUUAAUCUGUUAUGUAGUAGAUUAUAAUAGUAUUCCAUUGGCUGAUAUAAAAGUCUAAAUGUUGGGACCACGGGGGAGGGGGAAAUGUCCAUAUUCCCUACAAAUGACUUUACCCUGUGUGUGUGUUUGUGUGUGUGUGUGUGUGCAUGUAACCUGUGUGUCUG